CGAAUGCAAAAGUAUGACUGCUAGCGGCCACGUGUGGCUGCUGCACACUCUCCUGCUGGGUGUGUCGCGUGGGCUGGAGCUGCCCCGCUUCCCUGAUGGCUCGCCAUGGUUGGUUCAAGCCGUUGCCCCUCGUCAACCCCGCCCCCGUUUCUCUCCUUGAUGUAUUUUCGACAGGAAUGAGGACGUGACCAAUGCAGCUGUGCACCCUGACAGCGCCAAAAUCAUCAGCUGGCUGUCAAGCGCAGGCGGCUGGGGGAACAACAACCUCUUCCAAAUCGGUCGAUUGCAGCACAUACGUCAAAGCGAAUGUCGAUUGCAGCAGUCACUAUGUGUUCUGACCGACUUGCGUUCCGUUGGUGCAGAUUGGUCGAUGACGUUGCUACAAGUGGGCUGCAACGAUGUCACGGAAGUACCAUUUGUGCCCAAGAAAGACUACUACGAGGAAGCAUGCGACAAUGUCGACGGAGUGCCGCUGCCCGCUGACGGCUCAGGGGCGCUAGAGAGCGGCGAACGCACAUGGAAGGAAGGCUGCAGUGGCGACUGCCAUCUGCUGGUGUGCACACGUGUGUCAUACAGCGACGGGCGCAAUGCAUGGAAGAGGGAAUGAAAAAUCAGACACGCCUGUGUGUGUGUGUGUGUGUGUGUGUCUAGGUGCAUGACACUUCGAGGGAUCUGCUGUACGAGAGCUGGGACACCGACGUGACGCUAGAUGCAUCCAAGAAAGUCACACAAGGUGAGAGAGACAGGCACAUCGAUACCAUGCGCCCAGCAAUGUAACGUCUGUGUCUCUUCCCUCCCUCCCUCCCUCCCUCCCUCCCUCGUGUGUGGCAAGUAAGUGACCAGCACGUGUCUAGUGGUGUGGAAUGUGUCGCAUCUCUAUCCGCCCGACGGCCGUGGGGACGGAUGCACCUCAGCCGACGCUGCGGGAUUUCCCAUCGCUCCACUGCUGUUCACUGCCGACGAGAUCGAGAACGGUUCUAUCGACCACGCCAUCCGAUUCAUCCUGCCCAACAACAGAAUGCGCGCUGGUGUGAUGUCCUCUGACUGACCGACACACACGCAUGGGUAGUUGGGGCGAUGUAUAUGUGCACACAGGUACCUACAUGCAUCCAGCGAGCCACUAUGGCGGCCCCCAGGCCACUGAUGAGGACUCGGUCGUCUACGGCAGCAGAUUUCGCCUCAAGGCCGAGUACGACAUCAGCGGCUACAAGCAGGGCGCACAGGUGGUCCUCCGAGCACUCAAGAAGGUGGGUCUCACACCAAUCAACAGACAUCGAUGACAGAAGGAUGGCUGGACAUGCGUGUCUCUCUGCGUGUGUGUGCAGUAUGGCAUGCUGUUGUCUGACGGGGGGAAUAUUGCUCUCACUGCUCUCAAUGAUGACUACUCGGGCUACCAGGGCGCCAAGUACGCUGCUUCUGGCUUCGGCACACGAGACCUCCAUGGCUUGCUGCCAGUGGUGAGUUCACACAGCACAUCACACACGGACCCAGCUUGAGAUGCGUGCCACGCAUGUCACGACAUGCUUCAGGACUUUGAGAUGCUGGAUGGCACACUUAAAGGGCCUUUCAACAGCCGGCCAGCUUGUGAGCGCAAUGACAUCCCACUCGACCUGCAGGCCCCGUGCUUACCAGACAAUGGCCAGGGGGAUGAUGGGUCAACGCCCACACCCACACCCAAUGGAAAUGACGGUGAGCAAACGAAAAAGGAAGAAAGACGCUUCUUUUCUCAUUGUCUUUUCUGAAUGGAUUCAUCGGUCCAGGCAGCACCCAACCGCCGGAAAAGGACAGUAGUAGUGUCUCGUCGCGUGUGGGUAGCGCUGGGUGGGUAGCGACAAUCGUCCUGGGAUGGUGGGCUCUGCACUGCCUUCAUUAGUUAGCUCCUGCAAAUGGACGGUUCCCGGGUAGGGGAGGGGGGAUUUAUUUCUACAUAGGGAGGUGGAACAACCUGAGACACUAUUCACCCAUGCUAGCCCACGACGCAGCAAUCGACGCACGACAAACGCCAUGCAGCUUGCCACCCCAUAGAUCCCGAGGAGGACUCUCGACCGAGGAAAGGGGAGGAGACAGACUCGGAGACGCCGGGAAACCAUGGUGGGGGCGCCCCGGGCCCGAUCAAGAGCACGGGAAUCAGACUCUGCUUCAUCCUUUGACAAUGCCAGCCAUUCCUUUUUCCCCUGCAGUGGCCCUGUUGGUUUCGACGGCCUCGUUGCUUUGCCUUUGCAAUGGCAGCUUCGAGUUGAAGGAUCAUCGGGGUAAGGCACGUGGGCCAAAAUACGGCGUUCCUUCUUCCAGGAUCAAUGAGUGAUGCCUGCCUGCCUACAGGGCAAAAUGACACGUGUCCCGUGAUGUGGAGGUGAGGUAGCUGCGGCCGAUCUAGUCGGGGCUACGCACUUUAAUGGAAGGGCCUUCACUGCCUGUGUGUCUGUGUGAGGUAUCUGGACUGCCCCAUGAGGACUGCGAAAUCAUGUGGAGCCAAGGAAUCCAAAAUAACGCUUACUAAGUACGCAUCCAUGCAGACAGAUGCGCUCAUUGAAGGGAAUCCGGUUUGCGUCUUGCAGGGACGGUGAAGAGAGGAGCAUUCCUGAGUACAACUCCGAGCUCUGCCGAUGCGGAACGAGCCGAAAGACAGGGCAGUACGGAUGCCACGUAAGCAGCUGGCACUUGCACAGGCCUCUAUCUGUAUAUUCUUGUGUGUUCGCUGCGCAGCUGGAGAGCGACCUGACGUCCGCCUCUCCGCCUUCGCACGAUACCUGCCCCUUCAUGGAUCACGUGAACACAUGCGCUGCUGGUGAGGUUGGCUGAGACACACACGCUGUGCAAAACAUAGCUUUGCGCUGAUGCAUGUGUCCACACGGGCGUGGCGCUCAGAUUCGAGCAGGAAAGCCCUCUGCGGCGCGGACCGAUCUUACACGAAGGCCGGGUGAGUUCUUUGUGCCUGUCUCCAGGGAGACACGUGGAUAUCAUGGUUUCAUGUCUCUCUGACGUAUGCAGCAAGGAGCUGCCCGACCACCUGUCCGGCGACCCGUGUCACUGCGGCACACACAAAGAAACUGGCGAGUACGGCUGCCAUGUCAAGAAUGAUCUCGCCACACCAAGCCCCUGUGAGAUGACCAUCCCUGGCGAGUGCUCUUCCUCUGAUACGCCUUGUAAAGACAUCAAGGGAGAAGUGCCAGAUGGUACGGGUGGAUGAAUGGAUGGCUGCAAACGUGGAUUCGCUCAUGCGUGAAUGUGGCUGUCUACGAAUGCAGAGACGGUCGAGGUCGAGUGCGUGUGCGGCCGAUACCCCCCUGUCUACGGCACUGUUGGAUGCUGGGUGGGUGAAUGGGUUGGUGGGUGCAGGAAGGGGGUCCGCAUUCAUCGUAUGCAUGUGCACGCGGAUGUAUGUGCGUCGUGUGCGCAGCCCAAGACGUGGGUGAACAAGAGCUUUGCCCCGGGCGCUCGCAAAUGGAGGCCCGUCAAGUUCCCUCGUAUACGCAGUCACACACACACGCAAAGGAUCGAUAACACUGUGCUUUGUGUGCACAUGUUGUGCUGGAUGUGCUUGCAGACAGCCAAGGACGUCCUCUGGUGUCACCUCCUUGACUGUCCUUCCUGGACAGCAACGACAACCACAGUAUGUACGUCCGUGAACAUAUCAAUGAUGCAUUCGUUUGGGUAUGUAAGUGUGCUACAUGUGUGUGUAUAUUGCUGCAGACCCAUUCGAUCGGACAAGAAAGAGUGCGGACCUUUAGACAGACCCACGGGCCCGCCCAGAAUGUCUUCGUUGUUUUUGCUCACAUACGCCGUAUAUGAAUGUGUGAGAGACACAAAGGAACACACCAGCUGAGACAUGAACUUGGUUGACCUUUGAGAACAUGCAUUUCACACACAUGAAUUACGUCGAACCG